AGUGUGCAGAGCACCAGUACAUGCUCAUUUUCCAGCAGUCCUCCAUGAUAUACGCAGUGGUGAGGAGAGUGUGACGAAACAUCUCACCGGCUCAACAAGAACCUUAAUACAUCACUUGCAGAUGGAGAAUUCAUCCGAGCAGUCUCGUUGGGUGUCCCCCAGCCUGAUCAGUCCCGACCCUUUAGCAAGCUACACAACAGAGACGGGGUUGCUGCCACCCGGUGAUGAAGAUGAGCCCCUCUACGGCAGUUCUGAAACUGACUUAUUGACAUCGUAUUAUUCCACAAGUGGCCAGAGCAGAGCCUCUUCAUCCUACAGACACAGCCCAGUUCGACAGGUCUACACCUCUCCAUCAAUUCUGGGAAACAUCCAGUGGUUGGACAACUCCCCGGGUCACUCUUCCUACAAUCUCACAUCCGCUGUCUGGACAAGCAGUCCUUUAGCAAAGACACCACUUCACUCUAACUCCUCCCCGUCCAUCUACCCUACCACCUCCUCUUUCACCUCCCCUAAACAGGGCUAUCCUUCCCCCAGUUGUGAUGGUAAGGAAAGUCCCAUGCUCCAGGAAGCUCUGAAAGUGGAGCGAUUGAGUCCCAUGGGUGGAGGUGGGAGCAGCUUCCUCAAUCUGACCUCAGCCGCUGGGGGACUGUAUGGUCCUUCUCCGCACAUGCUGAGUCCCUAUGGAUCAUACAUGGCUACGUCACAAGAUUACAGUUCAGCUGCACUCUAUUCUAGCGCUGGACCUUGGAUGAGCCCUUCAUCCUACUCACCCAAACUUUGCAACAAGAUGAGACUUUCACCACCAGAGGCACGUGAAUGUGUAAACUGUGGUGCCACUGCCACCCCUCUGUGGCGUCGAGAUGGUACAGGCCAUUACCUCUGCAAUGCUUGCGGGCUUUACCAUAAAAUGAACGGCCAGAACAGACCCCUCAUAAGACCGAAAAAGAGGCUGAUUGUUAGCAAACGUGCGGGAAUGCAGUGUGCCAACUGCAACACAAGCACUACAACACUAUGGAGACGCAAUGCCAGUGGCGAGCCUGUGUGCAAUGCUUGUGGCCUCUACUUUAAACUACACAACGUCAACAGGCCUUUAACUAUGAAGAAAGAUGGCAUACAAACGCGGAACCGCAAGGUGUCUAACAGGAACAAGAAGGGCAAAAAGUGUGCAGCUUCAGAGCUUUACCCUGACAUGUCUCAUAUUGCCUCUCAAGAUGAGCACGUAGGACCUUACUCUCUGAAUCCAGGACCCCUCCUGUCCUACAGCCACACACCUUACCUACUUCCCCCCUCCACCCUGCACUCCUCCCCCACCCUGUCCUACGCCCACCACCCAAACUCUGGCAUGGUGCCCACACUAAUGUGAGGGAGAUGUCUAUUGGACCAUAACAAGGCAUGUACAUUACAUUGUACAUAUAAUAAACUCAGCUUACAUAAAGUUAGAAUAGUCUUGUCACUGUUUUUUAACCCAUGUUGCAGCUUGAAUAGAGAAACAGUCAAAUAUGAGGUAGCUAAAAUUGUUUGCUUUCAGCUCUAUCAUAUAAUGACAAUUGUAUAUUUAUUAAGGCUUAUUGGUUGUGCUAUACUAUGAUUCCUUUUGAGACAAUAAAUGUAUGUGUGUUGUACUUAAAUCAUU